AUGAAGCUGUCUUCCUUCCUCUACACCGCCUCGCUGGUCGCGGCCAUUCCCACCGCCAUCGAGCCCCGCCAGGCUGCCGACAGCAUCAACAAGCUGAUCAAGAACAAGGGCAAGCUUUACUACGGAACCAUCACCGACCCCAACCUGCUCGGCGUCGCAAAGGACACCGCCAUCAUCAAGGCCAACUUUGGCGCCGUCACCCCCGAGAACUCGGGCAAGUGGGACGCCACCGAGCCCAGCCAGGGCAAGUUCAACUUCGGUAGCUUCGACCAGGUCGUCAACUUUGCCCAGCAGAAUGGCCUCAAGGUCCGAGGUCACACUCUGGUCUGGCACUCCCAGCUCCCUCAGUGGGUUAAGAACAUCAACGACAAGGCUACUCUGACCAAGGUCAUUGAGAACCACGUCACCCAAGUCGUUGGACGCUACAAGGGCAAGAUCUACGCCUGGGAUGUCGUCAACGAGAUCUUCGAGUGGGACGGUACCCUCCGAAAGGACUCUCACUUCAACAACGUCUUCGGCAACGACGACUACGUUGGCAUUGCCUUCCGCGCCGCCCGCAAGGCUGACCCUAACGCCAAGCUGUACAUCAAUGACUACAGCCUCGACUCCGGCAGCGCCUCCAAGGUCACCAAGGGUAUGGUUCCCUCCGUCAAGAAGUGGCUCAGCCAGGGUGUUCCCGUCGACGGUAUUGGCUCUCAGACUCACCUUGACCCCGGUGCCGCUGGCCAAAUCCAGGGUGCUCUCACUGCCCUCGCCAACUCUGGUGUCAAGGAGGUUGCCAUCACUGAGCUCGACAUUCGCACUGCCCCCAACGACUACGCUACCGUCACCAAGGCCUGCCUCAACGUCCCCAAGUGCAUUGGUAUCACCGUCUGGGGUGUCUCUGACAAGAACUCUUGGCGCAAGGAGCACGACAGUCUUCUGUUCGAUGCUAACUACAACCCCAAGGCUGCUUACACUGCCGUCGUCAACGCUCUCCGCUAA